CUUGCCCGUGGCCCUCGUCCUCGCCGUCCUCAGCCCCUUGCUCGUUGUGCCCACCGACGUCGACACUGCGCCGCUGGACCCCCGCAGCCCCGGAAAUACCCCGCACACGCGAUCAAGACCCGGAAGCGCACGGAAUAGGCAGCUACCCGGCGAGGAUGUCACACGCCGGCUCCUACGACUCCUCUUACUCUCAUUCUGUCAUGACCGAAGACGAAGAGGAUUGGGAAGACUAUGUCAAGGGAGGCUACCACCCCGUCCACAUCGGCGACGCCUUCUCCGAUGGCCGCUACAUCGUCGUCCGCAAGCUCGGUUGGGGCCACUUCUCUACCGUCUGGCUGGCAAAAGACACAAAAAUGCACCGUCACGUCGCGCUCAAAGUCGUCAAGUCCGCGCCACGCUACACAGAGACAGCCCUCGACGAGAUCAAGCUCCUUCAACGACUAAUCACUUCCUCCACUCCGCCAGUAGAACCAACACUCGAAAACCCAAAUCCACCGCCAUCGCCGUCCCAAACUCACCCCGGCCGCUCGCAUGUCAUCUCCUUCCUCGACCAUUUUCGCCAUAAGGGGCCUAACGGCACUCACGUCUGCAUGGUGUUUGAGGUAUUGGGGGAGAAUCUGCUUGGUUUGAUUAAGCGCCACCAGAACAAGGGCGUUCCGAUACCCCUCGUCAAGCAGAUUGCGAAGCAGAUCCUUCUUGGCCUCGAUUACAUGCACCGCUGUUGCGGUGUCAUUCACACUGAUCUCAAGCCCGAGAACGUCCUGAUCUGUAUAGAUGAUGUCGAGUCCAUCAUUGACACAGAGCUCGCCGCACAAUCCGCCUCAGCCACCCCGCCACCAACACGCCUCGUCGGCGUGCCCCCCUCUCGAGGACGUGGCGGCAACCAAACGCCGCGCUCUGAAUCCAUCUUCAUCACUGGCUCGCAGCCGCUACCAUCUCCCUCCUCCUCCUUUGGCUCUACCUCGCAUCUCGACCGCUGGGCGUUCGGCAUGAGCAAGAUCGAGAACGACGGUGCGGUCAGCAGAGCGGAAUCCACGGGCAGCGAUGACGGGGCAGGCGCGAAGGGGAAGCGCGCCGAUUCGACGGAGCAGGCUGCGGAGCGCAUGUCGGGCGUCACGCUUGACGCGUCGCCAUUUGGCGAGAAGACGCGCCCCGAGAAGGCGAAGCUGGCAGCAGGCCCAUCGCUACUGUCGCAGCAGGCACCUGGGCACGGUGUUGCCCCUCAGCCAGUGUCCGGCCCCUCGAACGCGCACCCGCCGCCGUCGCCGCCGCCGUACACGUCGAAGCCAGGUAGCUUCCAGGAGGGCGCCUCAAUACCGGCGCCCGGGACGAGCGCGAUGUCUGUGGAUGCGCUUCCUGCGAUGGAAGGGAUGGAGAAGAUCACGGUGAAGAUCGCCGAUCUGGGCAAUGCUACGUGGGUCGAGCAUCACUUUACGGAUGAUAUCCAGACGCGACAAUACCGCUGUCCUGAAGUGAUCCUCGGAGCGAAGUGGGGCCCCAGUGCGGACAUCUGGAGCGUUGCAUGUGUCAUUUUCGAGCUGUUGACAGGAGGCGACUACCUGUUUGACCCAGCAUCAGGAUCUCGAUAUAGCAAGGACGAUGACCAUAUCGCACAGAUCAUGGAGCUGAUGGGCGAGUUCCCGAAGAGUAUCGCCUUCUCGGGCAAAUACAGCUCAGACUUCUUCAACCGGAAAGGGGAGCUGCGGCACAUCCAGAAAUUACGGUUCUGGCCAUUAGACGCCGUGCUUGAGCAGAAGUACCUACUGCCGAAGGAAGAGGCCGAGAUCAUCGGCUCCUUCCUCAUACCUAUGCUUCGUCUACAUCCCGAGAAGCGUGCACCGGCCAGCGAGCUCGUCCAUCACCGGUGGCUGGACGGCAUCGUUGUGCAAGGCGAGAUUGAUGUGAUGCGGCGCAUGGAGGAGGAGCGUCGGCGCAGGGCGGCCGCAGCGAGCUCCGGCGUGGACGGGCGGCAGCUUCUCAUAGGCUCGGACAUGGAUGCGAUGAAGCCAGUAGACAUGGAUGACGGCCAGAGCCCGCAGAGCCUGUCACUCGGCGGCGACCUCGACCGCGUGGUGCCCGUACCCAAGCUCAGUACGCCAAUGCCGACGACCGUGACCGCGGAGGCGAAGGAGAACGCGCAUGCGCGUGGAGCCGUGCCGACGCUGCAUGCGAUACCGACGAAUGGGAAGUCGAGGGCCUGAGCAGGCCUCAAAUAAGUCCUCCUGUGGUUCGAGCAUUGUUGAACAGUGUCCUGCUUGUGUGCCCUAAUGAUCUCUCAUGUUGCUAUCCCACCCUACUGUACGAGUCGAGUGUACUUGCUGCUGUGCAUCCCUCGCGUACACUUCCGUUCUGUGCUCCGCAUAUGCAUUGUACUGUAGGCAUCGCCAUUUGCCGAAGUCAGCGUAGAAUCAGAAGCUUCUUUGUUACCCUUCUGAUCUGGUGCAUUAUUGAUUGAACCAAUCCAAAUGGAGGCUUUUAUAACAGUUAUGACUUCC